AUGCUUUGUUUUCUUGUGCCCUACUCCACUCAUGCAUCUCGAUCCCUCCUGAUUCUGCAGCUGGUGAGUGGUCGGCUUGCUGCCCGCCAUGUGGUGCUUGUUGUGUGCCCUCGAUGCGCGGAUGUGUGUCCCUGCCCGGCCAUGUGGUCCUUGUUGUGUGCCCUCGAUGCGCGGAUGUGUGUUGCUGGCUGGCUAUGUUGGCAUGUGCCCCUCUGA